GAUGAGAAAAACAUGCUUAGAAAAACAAACAGAGCAAGCUACGCACCACUUCUCUGCAUUUAACAUAUUAUUUUUAAGAUCUGGUUUCGUUUCUGCAGUUGAAAACAGCUUGAAAGUCGCCGGUCCCUCCCCUUCCCCUGCGCUUGGAUGUGGUAUGGUCCGUAAUGUAGCGGCGGUAGCGUCCCCCUCACAUACUCCGUGGUAAGUCCGUAUGCGCUCCCGCUGUCUGCGCCCCGUCUACCGCUCCUCUAUCCGUGUGCCGCGUCGUGCCGGGGGGAUGCUGCUGCGGGACCCGUGAACUGUGAGCAUGCUCUCCCUACCAUCAACACGAUAUGACGCCUUUUAUUCCCUUUUACACAUUACACACUAGCGGCGCUCCCACGGCACUCCUGUCCGCAUGAAUGAGAGAGAGAGAGGGUCGUCUGCCGCCGUACUGUAGCCGUAUUUUGUCUCUCUUUCACGGUUUGAAAGGAGGAGGCACCAGCCCGCGGGGAGUGCAGCUGCAGCCGCGGCCGCUUGGCAGGUGUCGUCGCUCGGGUGUGAAGAAGAGGAGAGAUGCCCCCCGUCAAGAGAACCAUGUCUGAUCUGCGGACGCGGGCUGAGGGAUACGAGAAGACCGCAGACACCACAUCAGAAAAGACAUCUCUGGCUGACCAAGAAGAUGCACGGCUCAUAUAUCUUAACCAGCCACAGUUCGCCAAGUUUUGUAGCAACCGUGUCAGCACUGCCAAAUAUAACGUCCUCACCUUCCUCCCGCGGUUCCUCUACUCUCAGUUCCGGAGAGCGGCCAAUGCCUUCUUCCUCUUCAUUGCACUCUUGCAGCAAAUUCCAGAUGUUUCUCCCACUGGUCGCUGGACAACACUGGUCCCUCUCCUCUUCAUCCUUGUGGUGGCAGCUGUCAAAGAGAUCAUUGAAGAUCUGAAACGUCAUAAUGCUGACAGUGUAGUCAACAAAAAGGAAUGUCAAGUGUUGAGAAAUGGUGCCUGGGAGAUUGUGCAUUGGGAGAAGGUUGAAGUGGGCGAUAUUAUUAAAGUAAAUGGCAGUGAUUUUGUUCCUGCGGAUGCUGCCAUUUUGUCUACCAGUGAACCACAGGGUAUGUGCUACAUUGAAACCUCAAACUUGGAUGGAGAGACCAAUCUUAAAAUCAGACAGGGCCUCCAGGUGACCUCAGACAUAAAGGAGAUCGACAGCCUCAUGCGUCUGUCUGGCCGCAUGGAGUGUGAGAGUCCGAACCGCCAUCUGUAUGAGUUUGUCGGCAACAUCAGACUAGACGGUCACAGCACUGUGCCUCUGGGGCCGGACCAGAUUUUACUGAGGGGAGCCCAGCUGAGGAACACACAGUGGGUCCAUGGAGUGGUCGUGUACACGGGACAUGAUACUAAACUUAUGCAGAAUUCCACUCGCCCACCUCUGAAGCUGUCCAACGUGGAGCGGAUUACCAACUUUCAGAUCCUAGUGUUGUUCGGCUGCCUGCUGGCUAUAUCUCUAGUCUGCUCCAUUGGCCAGACCAUCUGGAAGUACCAGUAUGGCAAUGAUGCCUGGUACAUGGAUCUCAACUACGGCGGAGCAGCUAACUUUGGCCUCAACUUUCUCACCUUCAUCAUCUUGUUCAACAACCUGAUCCCCAUCAGCCUUCUGGUCACGCUGGAGGUCAUCAAGUUCAUCCAGGCCUUCUUCAUCAAUUGGGACACUGAUAUGCUCUACGAACCUACAAACACACCUGCUAUGGCUCGAACUUCGAAUUUAAAUGAAGAAUUAGGCCAGGUGAAAUAUAUCUUCUCUGACAAGACAGGCACUUUGACUUGCAAUGUGAUGCAGUUCAAGAAAUGCACCAUUGCUGGAGUGGCAUAUGGGCACAGCUCUCACUCUUCAGAUGAGGCAGGAUUUAAUGACCCGAGCUUACUGGAAAACCUCCAAAGUCAUCACCCCACAGCUGCUGUCAUCCUGGACUUCAUGACUAUGAUGGCCAUCUGUCACACUGCAGUACCAGAGCGCUCUGAUGAUACAAUCACCUACCAGGCCGCGUCUCCAGAUGAAGGCGCUCUGGUCCGGGCUGCACGCAACCUUGGAUUUGUGUUCUCUGGUAGAACUCCAGACAGCGUUAUCGUGGACAUUGUAGGAAAAGAAGAGAAGUAUGAACUGCUUCAUGUGUUGGAGUUUACAAGUGCCAGGAAGAGAAUGUCCGUCAUCAUGCGCACCCCAUCUGGGAAGAUACGGCUCUACUGCAAAGGAGCUGACACCGUGAUUUACGACCGUCUCGCAGACAGUUCCCGGUAUAAAGAGAUCACAUUGAAACAUCUAGAACAGUUUGCCACAGAAGGGCUGCGUACCCUUUGCUUUGCUGUGACUGAGAUCAGUGAGUCGUCCUACAAGCAUUGGCAAGAAAUCCAUCACCGGGCCUGUACAUCACUGCAAAACAGAGCACUGAAGAUGGAGGAGAGCUACGAACUCAUUGAAAAGAACCUACAGCUGCUAGGAGCCACAGCUAUCGAAGACAAACUCCAAGACAAAGUUCCCGAAACCAUAGAGACGCUGAUCAAAGCCGACAUCAAGAUCUGGAUCCUGACUGGAGACAAACAGGAAACAGCCAUCAAUAUUGGACAUUCCUGCAAGCUUUUGACCAAGAACAUGGGGAUGCUUGUGAUCAACGAAGACACUCUAGAUGCCACACGGGAGACCCUAAGCCAUCACUGUGGAAUGCUGGGGGAUGCCCUGUACAAGGAAAACGACUUUGCUCUCAUUAUUGAUGGGAAGACGUUAAAGUACGCGCUCACGUUUGGAGUGAGACAGUACUUCCUAGACCUCGCCCUGUCCUGUAAAGCGGUCAUAUGCUGCAGAGUGUCUCCCCUUCAGAAGUCCGAGGUGGUGGAGAUGGUGAAGAAACACGUGAAGGUGAUCACAUUGGCCAUAGGUGACGGAGCCAAUGACGUGGGCAUGAUCCAGACGGCUCACGUGGGAGUGGGGAUCUCAGGGAAUGAGGGGCUGCAGGCCGCUAACUCCUCCGACUACUCCAUAGCGCAGUUCAAAUACUUGAAGAAUUUGCUGCUUGUGCACGGAGCCUGGAACUACAACCGCGUAGCCAAGUGCAUCCUGUACUGCUUCUACAAGAAUAUUGUCCUUUACAUCAUUGAGAUCUGGUUUGCAUUUGUCAAUGGCUUCUCCGGUCAGAUCCUGUUUGAACGCUGGUGCAUUGGCCUGUACAAUGUGCUAUUCACUGCUUUGCCGCCUCUCACUUUGGGAAUAUUUGAACGGCCCUGCCGAAAAGAGAACAUGCUAAAGUACCCUGAACUCUACAAAUCCUCCCAGAAUGCCAUGGGCUUCAAUACCAAGGUCUUCUGGGCCCAUUGUCUGAACGGCCUCUUCCACUCCGUCAUCCUCUUCUGGUUCCCCCUUAAAGCGUUCCAGCAUGAUACUGUUUUUGGCAGUGGACAAACUCCGGACUAUCUCCUCUUGGGGAACAUGGUUUACACGUUUGUGGUCAUCACAGUUUGUCUAAAAGCUGGUCUGGAGACAUCCUCUUGGACCACUUUCAGUCACAUUGCCAUCUGGGGAAGCAUUAUAUUGUGGCUCGUGUUUUUCCUGAUCUACUCCUCCCUCUGGCCACUCAUCACCUUGGCUCCUGACAUGUCCGGAGAGGCUAACAUGAUGUUCAGCUCAGGAGUCUUCUGGAUGGGCCUGUUCUUCAUCCCCGUCACCUCUUUGGUCUUUGACGUGGCCUACAAAGUGGUGAAAAAAGUGUUCUUCAAGACUUUGGUAGAUGAAGUUCAGGAGCUCGAGGCUUUAUCCAAAGACCCUGGAGCAGUGGUCCAUGGCAAAAGUUUGACAGAGAGGGCCCAGCUGCUGAAGAACGUCUUCAAGAAGAGCACCGUCAGUUUGUACCGCUCCGAGUCCUUGCAGCAAAACCUGCUCCACGGCUAUGCCUUUUCCCAAGAUGAAAAUGGUGUGGUGUCUCAGUCUGAGGUGAUCCGGGCGUACGACACCACCAAACAGAGGACCAACGCCUGGUGAGAUCCCACCUUCACACUCCGGCCGGCCAAUCAGGAGCCACCAGGCCGCUUCCUCUGAUACUGAACCAGGAGAGACGGUGUGGUGCGAUGGUACGAGUUAGCGCCCAGCGUCUCAGUGAUUUACCAGUAACAUAAAGAAUACAGAUGGACACAAGUAGUUAUGUAAGAGAGGGGAAGAGCCACACAAAGGGACACCACGCACGCAUAUAGGAACACAUCACUCUCAGCUGUCACGUCCAGCAGACAUAAUGAGCACUGUGCUUUCUUAGCAGUCUGUGGUCUGACGUUCUUCACUGUCCUUGCACAGUUUCAGCCUGAACAACUCUCCUUUCGCAUUGGUUUGAUAGAUGAUGGUUUAAGGACCAUACCAAAAACGGUUCACAUAAUUGAAGUCCAUUUAAAAUGAGCUGCUUUUGACACUGUUAUUGUACAAGAUGUAGACAAUGUGUGAUGAUGAGGAUAUAGACUUGUGUAAGAUUGCCAAAGAGCAGUCGUGUAUACAAUCUUCUAAGUACUAGUGAAUUGGGAAAACCUUAAACCAAAUGUAAUCACACUUGUGCGUGUAUUCCAGCACUAAAUGGACCACUUCUGCGCAUACAUGUUUGUUUAAUUUGCACUUGAGAAAGCAUCUAUCGUGUAAAGCCUUACAUAUGCUCAUGCCUUCAUCUUGUAUUGUGCAUAUUUUAUGUGAAUAUUUAAUGUAUGUUAUUAAUGUGCCUGUUUUUGUUUCGGUUUGUCCCUCAAAGCUGUAGUCUCAUGCCACAAACUUUUCUUACCGCUUGGCACAUAUUAGCAUUCCGCAUGUCACUCCAGUCUAAAACAAUCACGACGGUGCCUACGUAAACCUUCCCUCGUAGAUGAUAGUUAGCCAAGAGCAGAUUAGCCAGCUAUCCUAGGACAGUGCUCCUCACACACCCAGUGAAGCAUCACCACAGUAUUGCACUUGUACAGUGUGAUACGACUGAGCGCCUUGUGGCACAUGUUCGGCUCUCUGCAGUGGUGGCUUCCUCUCUGUGGUAAUGUUACCUACACAUGAAGAUCCUAACCUUCUAACACAAGUGCCAUUAGUUUAAGGGAGAGAGAACUUAGCCAGGAAACUCCACGUCAGUAUCAAAACGACUUUGUCUCUAUAGUUAUUUUGUGGAUUUGUAUUUUUAUAUUGGAGAUGUCUGACUUUUGCAUUGACUGGCUUUGUAAUGAACUGUCUGUAACUUUAGUUCUUUUGAGAAACUGGCAGAUUAGGAUUGCUUGAAAGAGUAAAGUGAGCUUUGUUAAUGUCUUGUUAUUAUUACUAUAAUUAUUACUGUAACAGCCUGUUUUAUUUAUAAUUGAGUACUUAAAUGUCUGUGUGAUUGCUUUUUCUCCCUAUGGGAGACGAGGUUGUGUAUGUGUGGGUCUGCAUGUGCAUGUGUGUACUCUGUGGAUAACCUGAGACUGCACUGCAUGUUGUGUCUGAGCUGGGAGCAUACAUGUGGAGUGGAUGGGGGGGUACAGACGCCUGCUGCAGUUGUCUGUCUGUGCUCCUCACGUACAGUAUCUGUGUGUACUGCUGUGUACUGCUGUGUGCUGAUGCAUGUCCCUUAUGGGCACACAGUGUCAGUCUGCACACACCUUUUCUCAAGCUCAGCUCUUUUUGAUGGAAGAUGUUGCACAAUGCACUCAAUGUACCUUUUCAGUAGUGAUCUCUGGUAUUCUGAGUUUGAUAAUUAUUUGUGUUCAUAUUUGUAACUUAUUUUUCUUCAUGCAAUGUACUUCUGCUUUGUGUUUAUCAGUUCAGUGAUGGUUCUGACUUUUUAAUGUUGGGUUGUCAUCAUGAUUUUAUCAAACCGCUGAAUGUUGUUGUCGUGGAAAAGGCUUGGACUGUUGCUUUUAUUUCCAGAAACCGUUUUCCAUGUGGCUGUCUGUCAGAUGUGGGCUGCAUGAAUGGAUAACAAACUGUUCUCUCAAGUGUUAAUUGUACUACUUUGACCACUUUACAAAAUACUGCACCUUUAACUUUUCUUUUAAUGUUGAAUUUCUGUUCUAAUUUAUUCAAUGAUUGUUCUGCAUGUUGGGACUGCAAACUUAAGUGUUGUCUUUUACUGCCAUGAAAGACUACUGAAAUAAA